AUAUAUAUCAAUUAAUCAUAAAUGGAAAGGCCAUUCAUAUCAAAUUACUAUCUUUUAUCUAAAUAUACAUCAAUCAAAUUAUUAUCAAAAGUCAACUUAUAUCAAAUUACAUUCUUUAACUAAUAAACUAAAUCACAAAUUAAGAUAUACAACCCCCCUAUCUUCACUCCUCCAUCCGUCGACCUCCACCGUCUCCGUCGACCAGCCUCCACCGUCCGGCCCUCUGCGUCGUAGGUUGCGGCAUCUUCAGGCUUGUUCACCCAAAUCAUUGGUGGCACGAUAUAAGAAAACAUCAAAGGCAUGAUGAACGAGAUAUAUGAGAAAAUUUUUGGCGACAAUCAUGAGUUAUCGGAAGAGGAUAACAACAACGGUGAAGAAGAAUAUGAUGUGACAGUGGAAGAGAAAGGUAACAACAAUGACGAAGAAGAAGAUGAUGUGAUAGAAGAAGGAGAUGAUGUGAUAGAAGAAGAUGACGCAAAUAACAACAGAGAAGAAGAAGCUACUGUGAUCCUAGAUUCUAAUGGUGUAGACGGCGACAAUGAUGAUGAUUUUUCGGGUGAAGAUCUUAUAGCCAAUAUGGCUCCAGUGAAGGGAAUGGAAUAUGAUUCAAAAGAGAGCCUUAUGAUAGCCUAUCAAGAUUAUGCGAAGUUGCAAGGCUUUUCUGUUGCAAUACGUAGCUCGUCGUCUAAGUAUUACGUGCUUGCUUGCUUCAAAGGGCGAAAGCCUAAGGAUGUAAUUACGAAGUUUACCAGACAAACGCAAUGUCCGGCUCGUGUUAAUUGUAUUGUGAAGACUAAUGGUAAAGUGAUUGUGUCGAAUCUAUGA